AUGUGGUGGGGAACACCGCAGCACAUGCACAAAGCAGAGGCAGCAGAGGCCGAGAAGAUGGCAGCUGCAGUGCCGUCGCUAGGUACUGUGCCCAUGGACCUUGAUGUCAAGGGGGAGGGGCCUACUACUCCUCAUGAGCUGCAUGCAGGACUUCGAUCCCUGCUGGAAAGCAAAGAGUGUUGUGACAUAGUUUUUAUAGCUGGUGAAGAACGAAUCGAAGCUCAUGCUGUAGUUCUGGCUGCGAGCAGUGGGAGUUUUUGCACAUUCCUGCGGCAGAAUCCAGCGCUUGGACUCAGCAUGUCAGCAGUCGACAGCCCAAAGGAAAUGGAGGAUCUAUUUUCUGUUCAACAAAAGCGACAACCUGAUCAGCCAGAUACGUCAAUUGAAGUAGGUCAGGCCACAACCGAGGCAGAGGGUGUCACCGAAACGAACAGCACAAAGAACUCACAGGCAGAUGUGGCAGACAUGCCGACUGAGCCUGGAAAGACCGAGUCCGAUGCUGUGACGAUCGUGGCAACCGAACCUGCAGAGACUGGAACGGGAGCCGAGCCAAAGCCUGCUGAAGCUCAGGAGGUCUCGCAACCGGCAGAAGAGCCAAAGCAGGCGCCAAAGCAGACUGACCCGACUGACAAGGAGAGAGAAGUCAAAGAGGUGGAGAAGGAGAUGCAGCAGAAGAUGCACAUCCACGUGAAUGGCCUGUCUUCUGCCGAGGCCUUGCAUAUCAUUCUUGACUACGUUUACAAAGGCUUCGGUGGGGCUGAUUGGCAGUACAACGCCACAACUGCCCAGGUGAACAAGGAUGUCCUUCGACUGGCACGUAGCUUUGGCUUUAGCCACUUGCACGAACAUGCGGCCAGAUGGCUUGCCACUGGCCUUACCACGGAGAAUGUCUUGGAAAGACUCGUGACGUGUGAGGAAUUUGGUCUUGGCCUUCUUCGAGAAAAAAUCAAUGAAAGGUUGGCACUGAAGCCUGCUGAGCUGAUGUUGGUGUGCAGCAGCCCCGAGAUCACCAAACAUCCGAGAAUCUUGCAGGACCUCUUGGUGCAGGUGGCAUCGCUGCAAGACAAGCAAGAUGCUAAUGCAGAGGAUGGAAAUCAGAAAGAGGAGGAGGCUGAGAAAGAAAAUCAUGAGAACCAGGAGAGCCUGGAGAACAAGGAGAAUAAGAAUGAAAACCGACAAGACAAGCAGACGAAGAAGGAAAAACCCGAUAAGCACAAGCCAACGAAAGCUGAAAAGAUGGCAAAGCAGGCCAUUGCCGCGGCAGUGCAAGUCUCGUAUGGACCAUGUGGAAGUGACCAGCUGGUUGUCACAGAGAGGCACAAACUUGUGACAAACUCUGCAACCAGAAUCUUGACAUUGGCGCGGCCAGGAUCACCUAUUGCAAAGGUUCUCCUGCAGCACAUUUGCAAGUUUGGACAGGAGAUUGGUGAUGGAACUGCGACAUUGGCCCUUCUACUGGACGGCGCUUUUCAGUUUUGCGCACAUGCACUCAAAGAUGGCCGUGCCAGUCGGCAGGACAUGGCGCGCUGCUUUAUGUUCAUUGAGGCAGUGGUACUACGGGAUGCAGUGAAGCUUUUGGAUGAGCUUCGUCCAAAGCCAGGGCGAGCCGAACAGAGAGAAUCCGCAUUUCUGACUCUGGCAAGAACUUUCUUUGGGGCCAACUUCCCGCUUGAGGUCAGCAGCAACUUGAGCGUGAUGUGCUGGCACUGGCUGAAGUCUAACUGCGAAGAGGAGCCAGAAGCAAAGGAGGGAAACCGCUUGGCUUCUUGCGCCAAGAAACUGAUGAGUGGAGAAUUCCUCAAGGUUCCUGCCAUUAGCCCCAGCAUGAGUGCUGCAGAUGGACAAUCUUCUGCCACUGUGGAGAACAAGCAUGUUUUUUCUGCAGUGCUUGCUCAUUCUGCAAUGAAGGGUGAAGUCACUGGAGGGAGAGUUGCGGUUUUCGAUGAGAAUGUAGCGCCUUUGCCUGUGCGUGUGACUAUGCCUGGAAAAGAACUUGAAAGGCUCAAUCAACAACUUCUUCUCGCGACAGAACAGCUUUGGCAGGCUGGAGUUCGACUGGUGCUGUGUGCAUCACAAGUUCACGAGGAGUGGAUCGGAUCACUGGCUCGCCGUGGCAUUUGCCUACUACACUUGGUGGAUGAGGAGGAGCUAAGCUUACUUGAGGGACGCGUGGGCCAUAUCCGUCGAAUCCUACCUGGAAGUGCAGAUGUGACCUCCUUGAUUGCAGCAACAUUCUCCAUUGAAUCGAUGAGGCCACUCCUGAAGCGGUCUUCUGCAAUGUUGGCUGGAAACCGGGCAUACUGGUUGCUCAAGCCGUGUAACGAGAAGACACCCACAAGUGUUUUGUUGUUGCAAUCCGCUUCAAGCAGUCUGGCCAUGGAGCAUCGCCUUGCAAUUCUGCGGCUCCUGGCGGUUUCGAUCCCUGCGCUUGAGGACUCUUCUUGCAUCAUCCCUGGUGGUUUGGCUUUUGAACUGGGGCUGCUUCGAUUGGCACAUGCCAGGGUUUUGAGCCUCCGAGGAUCAAGGAUUCCAAUGGAUUCACAUCAGGUCUUUGACCUAGAGGAUCCCAACAAGGCUGCUAACUUGGAGCUCUUGUCCUGGUCGCUAUUGGAGGCAUCGCUGAUUUCAGUUGUGGAGGCUUUCGUCGCUAACCUUGGAUCAGACGGUGUCAGUGCUUCUGUAAGGAGGACUGUGCGCCUUUUGGCGACCGUCCCUGAAGCAGAGCUACCUGCCCUUCUGCCAGGGCUGAAGAGGAUAAAUGGGGACACGGAGGUUUCGUACUGGGGCUUCGUGAUUUCCCCCGGUAUUGGUGAAUCCAAGGAGAUGACGUGGCGUCCUUUUGAGACUGCACACCUGAAACUCACUUUGCUGCGCGCCUUCUGCACUCUGGGCAAGAUGAUGUGUCGACUGGAUCCAGAGAGCGUGCGCGCUGGUCAAGCAAAGACAAGUUGAGUGCUACAUGGUCACAAGUUGAAUCGACCUGAAUCGACCUUUGCGAUCAUUCCGAUAAAUCUGAGUAUGUUGCUCAUUGCUGCUCAUGCUGCUCAUGAUCCAGCUUCGCCAUUGGAUGGAGCCGAUGUCACCUUUGUCCGUCGCGGUCAAGAUGUGCUCCCUUGCUUACUGUACCUCAUCAUCAUCUGACGAUGUCACUGGCGUGACUCGCAGCAAAGAUGAGUCAUGUAGUGAUGCGGAUGCAGAGCGGAUGCAGAGCAACCUCGUCAAGGAAGCAAAGCCCAAGCGAUGUGUUCGCACUCCAGC